AGUUCGUGACGGAGGCUGGUAAAACGCACGUGAAAAGAACAGUGAAGCGAUCAGCCGAUAAAUAAUGCCUAGAAAUUAAUUUCAAUGAAGUUUUGACAAACUAUUCACUAUGGCUAAGUUUAAGCAACCAUAUGUAUUGUGCCCCUUAAUCGGGCAAAGAACUUUAUUGGGUGUGGCAAAUGAUGAAGAUAAUGACUGUGUUAUUGCUACGUUAGGAAAGAACAUGAUCGUACGAUACAAGCUGCAGAACCAGAAGCAGAUCGGCAGCUGGGCCACCAAGGACAAGCUGACGAGCCCGGUGAUCUACGACCCGGUGGGCGGGCGGUACGUGGGCGUGUUUGCGCACAGCCAGCUGCGGCUGUGGUCGGAGAGCGAGGAGCGCCUGGAGGCCGUCAAGAAGCACAAGUUCCAGACGCCGAUCCACUGCGUGCUGGCGGGCAUCGACGCGGAGGGCCCGGUGGUGGUGUUCCAAAGCGGGCUGGCGACCCCCCUGGCCGCGGCCCUCGAGGCGAGGAAGAACGCCCCCGCCGCCGCACUCCUGAAGCCGGGCGAAGCGAUACAGGACUGCCGCCUGGUGGUGCACGAAGGCAUCAAGCAGGUCGCCAUUCUCGCCAAGACCCCGAAGGGGCGGGCGUGGUGCUACACGGUGCCCGUCUCCGAGGACUGGGCCUCGCACAGGUUCGAGCUGGCGCGUGACGACGCCCCGGAUGCCCGGCUGGCGGGACAUGCCUUCGCCUCCGACGGCACCUGCCGGCUCUUCUCGCUGUGGUCGGACGGACGGCUGUUCGUGCAGCCCGCGGUCACCGGCGAGGCGAAGGAGGCGCUGGCGGUGCUGACCGCGGUCAGUACUGCCAACCCCGUCUCCAUGCUGCCCCUCAGCGCGUCCCAGCUCGCCCUGUACGGGGCCGACCCCAGCGAGGAAGGGGCCGUGCUGGUGGUGUUCAACGUGCGCUUCGCCCUGGUGCAGUGCCAGCAGCACUUGAAGCUGUUCAGCAACCCGCCCUUGCUGUGGGGCUGCGGCCAGCACCUGCUCAUGGCCGUGGGCUCCAACCUGCUGGUGGUGCCGUGCCAGCUGGAACCGGAGCGCCUGGCCGCCGUGCUGGGCAGCCACCGCUCCCUGGGCCCGUCCGUGCCCCCCGGUGACGUGGAGCUGGUCACGGAGCUGCGCGAGGCCUCCUGGGGCCCUGCCCCCGUGCCUGCCUCGCCCGCCCUUGCGCCUGCCCCUCCCGACCUCGCCCGCCGCCUGCAGCAGCUGGAGGCCACCGGCUGCCCCCAGGCCUCGAUGGCGGGGCAGCUCCUGCCCGAGCUGCUGGCGGCCGGUGACGAGGCUGGUGCGCGCUGGUGCCUGCUGCACCUGGGCGACGUGCCGGAGGCCGCGCUGGUGGGCGUGCUGGAGCACUGCCUGGGGCGCGGGGAGCAGCGGGACGACGACGCGCUGCUGGCCGCCGCGCUGGGGGCGCGCUUCUCCGAGGCGGAGCUGCGGGCGGAGCUGCGGCGCCUGCCCCUGGACCUGGCCCUGGGCCUGGUGCGCGCGCUGCUGGCGUCCCCGGGCCACGCCACGCGCUGGCUGGCACCGCUGCUCGACGCCCACUACCAGGGGCUGCUGCUGGCCCGCGACCCGCGCGUGCUGGCCGCGCUCGACGCCGUGCGGCGGUUCGUGUCCGACCAGUUGGCGCAAGUGACUUGCAUGAGGAGUCUGCUGCCGCUGAUCGAGGCGGUGCGAUCGGGAAAGCAAAUCACCCAGAACCAGCGGAUCGACAGCCUGUACAGCAUCAAGCGCAUCACUCUGUGCUGAUCGUUCGAGCGACGCGUCACGGGCGGUCGUCUCGGUGCCCUGAGCACCGCGCAACUCGCCAGCAUCCUCACGGCCGCAGAGUAGCCGUGGCCACGCGCUGUACCUCGCCCCAGUCCCGCCGGAUGUCGUCCUCCGUCGUGUGCUGCGAGGCGACGAAGAACCUGCGUGGAAACGCAACAGGAAAAAAAUUUAUAAAUACCUUUUUUUUUUGUUCAAUAUUAGUUUAUCUUCCUGCUUCAAAGUGCGCUGAAGAUGUUCAGCAGUUAUUGUUUCACUUGAUAAAGAAUUAUGAAUUAAAUAAAUAAAAAAAAAAUUAACGUUUCCUACGUAACAGAUUGCCUGCUUGGAUGUAUCAUAGCUCAGUAGGUGAUUUGAAAAUGGUUGCUGAAAUGGAGAAAUAGCAUGUUUUGAAGGGUAACUACAUAAUUGUAUGGAUUUGAUCAUCUGCUUGCUCUUUAAACGAUAAACCAGGCAUGCCAUGAUAUGUGUCGGUCGUGCAUCUUGCACUUCCGGUGGACUUCUUGCACCAAGUCGAGACUGAUAAGUUUGAGAGAAAAAUAUGUUACAUAUCACGUGUUUAUUUUUUUUUGCACGAACGUGCUGGCUAAUCGGCAGUGUCCUUGUGACUCAAUGACAGUGGCUGAACGUUGUGGGCACGUUUGGAAUAAAUAGCAACCAUUCAAUUAUAUAUAUAUAUGUGUGAUUUGUAAAUUCUCUGUUAAUUUUGGCCAGGAAAACGUGAAAAAUUCAUGGAAGUAUUCUCGUGGCCUUGUUUAGCAGCCAUGUUUGAGAAAACAUACGUCUGACGUUGGAGGUGUUGGUACCAAUGACAGUGCCCUCCGGGUCGUCGCACCUGAUGGCGGAGAUGUGCCGCAGCUUGGCGAGGCUGCAGCAGGUGUUGCCCUCGCGGUUGAGCCGUGCCAGCAGUCGCUCCGUGAGGCAGUUGUCUCCGCGCAGCCGGAACACGGCCAUGCCCAGGUGGCUGGGCGCGCACAGCUCGAACCUGCGGUCGUCUCGUACCCACUGCACCAGCAGCCGGCACAAGCGCGCGCUCUGCACGCACAAACACACUGUUGGCCCCCUUGCAGCGUCUCGCAGUUCACUUCAAUCAUUUACUCGUCUAAAAUACUGAUAGUGUCAUAACAGGUAUUAGUUUCUGCUGUGCCGGAUGUAUAAUUUUUUUUUAUGUGAUAUCAAUUUUGAGUUAUUUUUCAAAAUUUUGUAAAUAAAAUAGUAUAAAUUGUAUUUUUCCCCCAGGUUUUAUAAUUUUUUACAAUCUGUAUUUGCUCAGUGCAUCUUCCGGCAGAUAAUUAUUGCAAGUGACUGCGAGCAUCUUUAAAAUUCCAUCAUUGUACAAAUUUUUACUUCCAAAGUUUCUAAAGCAUGGCUUCAUUCCUUGUUGAGUCACAAAAAGGGAACAUUGAAACAGUUCUGCCUUCUGUGGGUUGAUACGCGAGGUCUAUUCCCCCCUUAAUACGUCCCUACACUUUGUUUAUUAGCCAAGAGAAGGAAAAAUUAUGUUCUGUGGCUUCCUUUGAUUUAAAAUAUUCAAAUAGUUAACUGAUUACAAAGUGUGAAUGCAUAUUCCAUAUAACCGCGCGGUGUUUGAAUGUCCACUACCUAUUCCAAAUAUUUAGUCACAAUUUUUCUAUUUGAUGUAGUUUGUGUGUGCAGAAUUUUUUUUUUUUUUUGCUUUAACUUUUUAUUUGAUACUGUAUAACUGAAACUAUUGAGUCUGUCUGAAUAGUUGUUAAAAGCAUUUAUCUUAAUACUGUUUAUUUAAAUCCAAAUAGUUUUGAAAGAUAAUUUGUCUGCCGACUAUACUGCCACCAUUAAAUGGAAGCUUUACCCAUUAAAAAAAAAAAAUCUUGGUUGAUUUAUUUUAAUUUUCUGGCUAGUGGCAAAAGCACCCAUAGACAAAAUGGAAAUUAACAUUUUAGCAUAAAAUGUUUUAUGGGAAUAACUGCUUGGUGCUUGUUGGGAAGAGAUGCUGCAGGGAUUACCUCUCGCACGUAGGCUCGUAUCCCCUCCACGCCCGUCGACUUCAUCAUGAACCACACCUUGAGGGCGUGGAAGUAGCGGGUCAGCGACAGUUGGCGGUGCUGUGCAGGGCAGAGUAAUUAUUACUAUUGACUAUCCUAGUGAUAGAACACAAGAACCUGUUGGGAGGACAGAGGAACAAUUAUUUGUAUUGAAAGAAACACACCUUGCAUAUCGUCAAAUACAUAUUUUAAAAAAUGCUAUUUUUAGCAGUGUAUUGAAAAAUAAAAUGACUGCAAUCAAUUUAUUUAUUUACCAUCUAAGUUGCAUCAAAAAUAUUUGGGAUUGUGGAAUUAUUAUGUUGUGGCGACGUCAGGUGUUGUCAGGAAAGGUCUUACGGUAGUUAGUUUGGUUCAAAAAAAAAAAGAGGGUGGGGGGUAGCCAAGAAGAGUUCUUGCCCCUGUGUUUUUUUUAAUCACCAAGCUGUUAGAUGUUUUGUACUAGCAGGCUCAUGCAUGCCACGCUGUUUACAGUUUAUACAGUUGUUCAAAAUCUAAUUUUUUUUUUCCAAAGCACCGAUGGUGGGAACAUUGUGUUGUGGCAUGCAUAGGACACGGGCUGUUGUUCGGAUGCAGUUAUCAUUGUCAGUUACAAACUGCAAUAAUGUUACGAUGCUGGGAGUUCAUUGUUUGAACAGGAAUGAAAUUGUAUACAGUAGUGUCUUGUGUUCUGGCAGAUCACACCGCGAAGCUGACUGCUGUGGAAGCUACAGGCAUUUCACGAAAAGUCUUACAUCAUAACUUCAGAUGUAUGACUUUGGCUUGAAAUUACCGUUUUUACGUCAUUUAAUUUAUAAGCUUUGGUUUUUACCCCUUAAAGAUUAUGAAUAUCUUUAUAACAGUUGAUUUUGUAAGGAAAUUUGGUCUCAAACAGAAUAUUGAAAUGAUUUUGAAACUUUGAUGGACUUUUCCUUUGUCUUCUAUGCUUGACAAUUUUAUAAGAGUCAUGACAACUGGUUGAAAUUGCUAGAAAAAUUUCAGUGUUCAAUUUUUUCAUAAUUAAACUUACCAUGAGAUUUACUUCCAAACCUGUUGAAAAAAACAAAAGACAAACCAAUUAUUAGUAUUUUUAAUCACAUCAAAAAUGCAGUAAAUUGUUUUAAAAUUAAGGAUAUUGGAUGUAAAUAUAACCUAUUCUUAACAGUAAUUCCCAGUUGAGAAAUUGCUCCUCUUAGUAAGUCAAAAUAAUGUUGCACUUGAAGUAUAGACCUGACAUUUUAAAGAAGUUAGUCUGGUAAAUAGAGGUAAAUCUAACAUCAAUUCCUUUAUAAACUUCUUAAUAGAGUUUUACUCUAUACUGUACUAUAAAGAAGCAAUGUAAUUAGAAAACAAUCAAAAUUCCUACAUAAAUAUAGAUGGUGCACAGAUGAGUCAAAUGUCUGUAGUACAUGUCAUACUCUAACACAGAAGGUUUUGAGGUAAAAGAAAAAAAAACUUCUGAUGUCUUCAGAAUGCUCAAUAGCCAAUAGGAUGUAACAUAAAAAUCUAUUACAUUCUCAGGGAUACCACUGGUUUUCGGUCACCUAGUUGCAGGUGGUAGUUAAUUUAGUUUGUUUAAAAGUGACUAUUCUCAUUUACUGAAAGGUUAUUUUUAUCAAAAUCACAGUUUACUUCACUCACUGUUAUUGGCAAGUAAAUGUUUCCAGUUCAAGCACCAAAACUAAAGUGGCUUGAGUAAUUAAACAAUUUCAAUUCAUCAAGGCAAUAGCUAAACAGCUAUAUUACUCAUACCUUAUACUUGGAGAAUAUUACAGAUGGAAUAUAUCUACUCUGACGGAGACUCUGUCAAAAUCUAUUAUCUUCAGAGUAGUUACAAUACAUGAGCUCUCAACUUCACACAAGUUCAAUAUUAAAUUGGCCUCUAAUAUCACCAAGCAAUUCUAAUAAUGGGUAAUACACAUUUCAACACCAUGACCCAUGUCUUUCUCUCCUUCAAAAAGUUUAAGCUAAUUUCUUAUCUUAAUGUUACAACCAUAGCAGCCAAUCCUAUAAUUUGUUAUUACAUUUGAAAUUUGCAACAACUGAAACUGGCCAAAUACAGUGCUCCUAUCAAAUAACCGAGAGCAAGCUAUUGUGAUCCCAAUUAACAUCUUAUACAUACUGUCUUAUGAAAAAAUAUCAAAUUUUCAUUACUACAAUGUGAAUAAGCCAUCUGAAACACCAUACAGAUAAAAUUAUCUGUACUGCACUGCAUUCAAAUGCAUAGAUACUCAGUCUGAAGAGAUAUGUAUUGUCAUGAUAUGCGAAAACUGUUAAUUUUCUCUUAGUUGAUGAUAAUGAAAUUACAAUAAAGUUACAGAAAGACCUCUGUACUUAGGUAAGUUAAAGUACAGAUUAUUCACCACAUUAUUAAUUUGUUGCAUUGUACUUAAUGCCACACAAGUGCCAUUCUCAUUGUCCGCGCACCGAAAUAAAAAUUUGUCUAAAAGAAAACAGCGCAACUUUGAAUCUAUGACCCCGCUACUUCAAAUCAUGCUGUAAUUUAUUGGUGUAGUUAUUUCAAAAUCGCGCUAAUCAAACAGCGGCGGUUGUGCACUAAUCUUUGGAACAUGUUUGUAGUUAAAUUUGUCACCUGGUGUUUCAUUCCUUGUGUAAUCUUGCUCCAGCUUGAGUGUUUUUUCAACAAUGGACAUAUCCUUUACCCUGUAAAUACACAACAUCUGUAGUUUUUUUCCCAACAUUAAGUAUGUCAUCCCAAACAAUACUAAAUCCACCACUACCAGGUGCCAUUCAGUUGUAGGGUUACUGAUGUUAAAUGGAAAUGGGACCACACAUAGGUAGUUAGGUUACAGGAUAUCAUUCGAUUGUUUGAAAUACAUGAUAAAAAUAAAGACAAAACGAAAGUCUAUUUUGUUCAUAAAAACAAUCUAUUUGCAUACAGAAAUAAAAUAAUUAUCAACACAAGUCUCGAGCAGUUAAUAAAAACUGACAUUUUACAAUACAAAGCAUGGGUGGCGGCAGCAUGUCUAACUUUUUGAAAUAAUAAAAUUAAUCUGUUAAGUAUUUCUGCGUUUGAACUAACAACAGUUGGAAGAUUAAAUAAAGUAAACUUUUUCCAGUCUUUUUUUUAUUAAAUAAUGAGACAAGCAUCGUGUUAAAUAAAUUACUUUCAUUGAAUUUAAUAUUAAAAGAUUAAGUAUUUAUCUUCCAAAAUGACUUGAACAAUGUCAGUGAAGUGAGAAAUACUGCUGGAAUGACAAAUGACAUUGUAUAAUUUUAAUUUUGUUUUGUGGUGAAAUAAAAUCCAAUUAUACAUCUCUUUUGUGAAACACAUUGGACAGCAAAUUACAAGUGUAUCCAAAAAAUUUCUGAGAGCUGAACUUACUAUUGUUUCAGUUUUAGAAGAACUUUCGCACAAUCCACCAAACUCGAAAACGAAAAGCAAAGCAUAUCAACUCUACACAACUGCAAACAACUACAGCAUACAUACUGACUCUCUCAGUGAUUGCUGCCUAUUCCUCCAAACUUGAACUGGGGGAAACAACUACAACAAGUAACGUACAUGCUUCAAUCUCUUCGCUGUAAUGCCUCGAUGAAGUUUGCUGUCAUCUUUGAGAAAACUCAAAAAAUUUGUGAAGAAAAUUUUAAAUUUAAAUGCCUUUAAGUGGUGGCAAGGCAUAUCUAUAGAUCAAAUCAACCAUCUAAAAAUGUAUUAGAAUUCUUAAGAAUAUCUUUAUCCCAUACUUAGGCACUAUCGUUUCUUCUCUAAGAGAUGGAUUUUCUUCUACACUCAAAAAAGCAUUUUUGCUUAUACAGUUCCACCCAGAAAAUAUAAGAUAAGAAGACAAAUAUUCAUUUUCAGACAUUGCAAAAGACAAUGGAUUUUACAGAAUUUUAUUGCCGAGGCUACUACAUGGCAUAUGAUGUUUAAGACAAAUGAAGCAAGUGAUGCAGCCUUAAAUUAAUCCAUUGUUGAAUUACGCAGAUUUGAUUGCUCAGGCCACCCCAUUUUACCUUGCUGUAUGCGAGGCAAUCAAGAUUGGCCUGGCUAUUCCAGCGACAAUAUGUAACAUUGAACGUUCAUUUGGUGUGUUACGACGUGUCUAGACAUAGACUCGGUCAACGAUGGGGACGCGAGACUAAGUAUGCUCAGUAUUCGUAGGAGAAAGGUAGAAGACUCUGAAUUCAUUGACAUUUUUUGUACAGAAACCUAGACACCUCAGGUGGUUACUCACACAGUGACACUUAUAAUAAAAAUUUUAUUUAUUAAUUUUUUCUGAUUAUUUUCUUCCAUGGUUGGAGGUGCAAGUACACCCCUUUGUCCAUGAUACAAAGUGACAUAAAAGUGAAAACUAAAAAUACAGGCCAAUGAUUAAAAAUAAGCAAUAUUCAUAAUAAGAUAAAAGUUCUGUACAAAAUCCACAAAUAAUAAUAAUAUUCCGCUCAAAAAUGACAUGAAAACAACAUGAAGUGGCUAGAUCAGGUAGAAAUUUUUCAAAAUCUUAAUGACGCUAGAAGGGUGGUUUAAAUGAAGUAAUUUCUGAGAACUUCAGAUGAAAAAAAAAACACUGGAAGUAUUAUUUUUAGUUUGAAAGCUGGGGUACCUGUUCAGCAUCAGUCACAGCAGGUAACUCCCAGGAUACUCUUUAUUUCCUAUAAUACUGCAGCCCUGUAAUUUCUCCAUUUCAUUGUCUCAUUUGAUGAAAUACUUUAGAGAAAGAUGAUUUUUUUUAUCCUGUAUCAAGGGCGUCACCAGCCGAUGGCUGGGAAGGGGGGGGGGGGGGAGGCAAGUUGUGGGAAAAGUAUGUAUUUUUUUUUUUGCAUUUGGCUACAUUUUUUUAAAUCUCUAGGGCUCUAAGGGGGAGGGGCAACUGCCCCCCUACCCCCACCACCCCACCCCCAGGCGAUGCCCUUGUCCUGUAUUCUUUUCCUUCCAGAUAAGUUAGUGCCAUCACCAUUCUGGACCACUCAUGUGAACAUUUUCAGAAAAAAAAGUUUAAAUGUGUGCUAUUAGGAAAUAGCGAAUGGAGGGUUGUAAUAAUUUCUGCGACUGCACCGGGCGCUUGUCCACGUGUGUCGGUACGCUCUCACCACAUGACGCAGCUGUAGAAGUUGACGAGCAUGAUCUUGCAGGGCAGGAAGCUGAGCGAGUCGGCGUGCUCGACCCCCGCCAGCCAGCCGCGGAACUCGGGGCACGCGAAGGCCGUCCCGGCGUACGCAGCGUCUACGUGGAGCCACACGCCUUCGCUCGCGCCUGCAACAAGCUUUCACAAGUAAUCAGAGACAGACUAUGAUGUGAACUUAGAUGACUAAUGUGAAUAGGACUAGAAAUAGACAGAUUGAUUUAAUUGAUCUAAUGUUCAACAAACUCUGCUACCUAAUUAAUACUUAUUUUAAUUGUUUAACAUAAUAUCCAUGAUUAGAAAUUUGUAAUAUAAUUGUUAUGCUAGCUAAUGUAUAUAUUGUACAUAUAUUAGAAAUAGUGUAUGUAAUCCAUAUACAUGUAUUUCUUAAAUUUUGUAACCUGGUUGACAAGCCCUAUAUUCAGAGAGCCACUGCUCAUCAACUGUGAGUCUAUUGGGUGCUGAGAAAAUAAAUAAAACAUAAAAAGACAUUA